CCUUCUCAGAGCUCCUCUGCGAAGAUGCUGGACCCUGAGGCCCUCCCGGCCACCGCCCGCCCCGGUUCGCCCGGCUCAGACGACAGCGCGCCAUCGCUGCGCGCCGCCCCGAGCUCGCCGAGCAACAGCAACAGCUCCGAGUUCGCCGAGCCUCCCUCUGAGGCGGCCGUCGAGGCGGCGUCGCGGCCAAAGCGGUGCAAGAUCAGCCGCGCGCAGCUUUCGGUUCUCAUCGAGUCCUUCGACCAGGAGCCUCUGCCCAACUUUGAUCAGCGCCAGUCGCUCGCGCAGCGCCUGGGCAUGACGCCGCGCUCGGUCCAGAUCUGGUUCCAGAACCGGCGGCAGAGGCUCAAGCCUGCGGCGGCGCAGACCAGAAAGGAUGGACUCAGCCGCAGCGCGUCGUACGGCGAUUCCUCGCAUCUGCGCAAGGCGCUCGAGGGCGAGCAGCACCGGUCCGGCCUCAGCCAGAGCGGCGCCUACCAGCGCGGCAGCCAUCCCGCGCUCAACGCCGCGCUCAACAGCAUCCCUGCGCUCGCCGCCGCCGCCGCCGCCGGGCUGGGCCAGCACGACGACGUGUAUUACCGCUUGCCGCCCUACGCGUCCUCGGGUCAGACAACCGGCAGCAGCAGUUACAGCAUCACCUUCGACCACUCCGCGCCGCUCGAUGUGAUGGACAAAUUCGCCGCGACCAAGGCGCUGCUCGGCGCCGGCGCGUGCUCCUCCCGGCCCGGCCCUGCCCACCCCCCCAACCCGCCGCGCUAUCAUCCGCCCGCCGUGCUGCUGGCGGCGCAGCGAGCCGCCAACGCCGCCGCCGCCGCGGGGCCUCGGCCCACUGUCGCGUGCUGCCGAACAGCGACGCAGGGCUUCGAUGCCGGGCUCGGCGGGCAGGGCGGCUACGGAGCGGCGCAGGGGCGGACGCCCAUCCUCGCCGCCACGAUGCCGCCGUCGCCAUCCUCCGCCCCCGCCGCGCCGCCUCCCGCCACGUCGGACGGACUAGGGCUACUGCUGCUCGCCGGAGCGUGCGACGCCGGCACCGGCGGCAACGAGGCUGGCGCCGCCGACGCGGGGAGCGCCACGCCCGCGCCGCCGCCGCUGCCCGCCGCCGUGCCCCCGUGCGCUGCCUAGAUCGGAUGCAUCGCUGGACGCUGCGCUGCUCUUUUGCUCCCGUACGAUCGGACGCCGUGUUCUCGCGCGGCUCCUGGCAGAGCUAGUACCCGUUGCAGCGAAGCGCCCUCCUUGUGGCACCAUGCGGGACGGAAGGCGGGCGCACAUGCCACAUGGCCGCAUUCCAUUGCGCAUCCCAUUCCGUUUUGACACACGUUCCUGUCCGAAAGGGCUGAGCGUGCGAUGUUCGCGCCCGAUUGAGGUGGGAGUGGGGGUCGUGGGGACUCUUGAUAUCCGAUAUGUGUCACCGUCGCGAUGUGUAUCCUGCUGUGGUCUCCUGGCUAUAUCUGCACUGCGUAUCCAUAUAUGUUCGCAUCCGAAACC